CAAUCCCUCGGAAAUAAAGCAAGAUGGCGCUCUCCUUACGCGGUGCGUGGAGUGCCCGCUCGAUUAUUAAAAAUCGCGCUGCCGUCACAAUCCGGUGCUCAACGAGCGAUGCAGCGAGCGGAAACGACAGAGUUUCGCCCGAGUACGUGAACAGAAAUCCGCGGAACCUGGAACAGAUGCUGUUGGCCAGGAAGCCGCUGGGCUAUGGCUUGGACGUGCCGUCCCGAACCUUCUGGCACAAGGUGCGACUGGAGCGCAGCCAUCAGCACAUCACGGGGUCUGUGGUCUACAACACGGGCAAAGUGGUCAUCAGCGCCUCCACGAGGGAGUGGGGCAUUCGGAAGCAGCUCUUCAGCUUGACUGACCAGAGUGCAGCGGUCAACGUAGCUAGAGUUCUGGCACGACGCUGCCUCGAGAGUGGGAUCCUUUACGUCCACGCAGAUCCAGACACUUCCCCCAAGACGCAAGCCUUCCUGGGUGCCCUCGAAGAGGAGGGACUCAUUCUUCAUGAGCCGGAGCCACAGCUGCCCAGAAAAAUGUCCGAUCCUUAGCCCAAAUAAAAAUGUUGCACUAGUG